UUGUAUGUAUGUUACUCCUCGUUUUCUGAUUUAUCUGCCUACAUCCAGCUCCGUCAUCGCUUGCUGCCCCCCCAAGUGCUUCGACCAUCAUACCCUGCACUUUUUUUCUCCGUCUCACUCUCCCCAUCCGCAAUUGAGCCAAAACAACACACUUUCCUAUCUAACCAUGCUAUAGAGUCAAUUGGCCCCACCUUCCUUCGUGCUGUCAAUUACUUGCCUUUUGCAAUUCGCCUUGGAAGACACUUUCAAUUCAAUACGCCCAUCAUGUAUGGCUCAGGCCCUCAGACGGGAAUCUCCACCCCGCGCUCUCAGGCAUCCCUCCGCCCCCUCGUUCUCUCGCACGGGUCCCUCGAAUACACUCUCCUGAUUCCCACCGCUCUACACUUCAAUGCCCAGCAACUGCGGGAUGCUUUCAAGGCCACCCUCCCCGAGCCCACAGACGAGUUGGCUCUGGAUGAGGAGCCUUCGUCGGUCGCUGAAUUGGUGGCUCGCUACCUAGGCUUCAUCGCCAAGGAGGUCGAGGAAGGUGAAGACCCCGACUCGUUCGAAGAAGUGCUCAAACUUGUCCUUACCGAGUUCGAGCGUGCUUUCCUCCGUGGCAACGAGGUGCAUGCGCUGGCCGCCACCCUCCCAGGCAUCCCCGAGAAGAAGCUCAUCACCGUCCGGUGUUACUACAACGCCCGUAUUGCUGCGGAGCGACCCAUCAAGCAUCACGAGUCUGCUCUCCUUCGCGAGGCUGCUGACGAGAAUGCUUUCCUGUACGCUGUUCUGGGCGGUCAGGGCAACAUCGAGGAGUACUUUGAGGAGCUCCGGGAAAUCUACAACACAUACCCCUCCUUCGUGGAAGAUUUCAUCGGCGCCGAAGCCCAACAUCUGCUUCAAUUGUCGCGCGAUCCUCGCGCCGAGAAGCUCUACUCCAAGGGUCUCGAUGUCAUGCGCUGGCUCAACAACCCAGAAUCGCAGCCGGACACCGACUACUUGGUUUCUGCUCCCGUCAGUCUGCCAUUGAUCGGUUUGACUCAACUGGCCCACUACGUUGUGACGUGUAGAGUACUCGGCAGCCACCCGGGCCAUUUCCGAAGCCGUCUGAGUGGUACCACCGGUCAUUCCCAGGGUGUCGUCACAGCAGCUGCCAUUGCUGAAGCCCGCAAUUGGGAAUCUUUCGAGCAGGCCGCCAAAAAGGCCAUCACCAUUCUCUUCUGGAUCGGUACCCGAAGUCAACAAGCAUAUCCUCGCACCUCGCUUGCUCCCAACGUCUUGCAAGAUUCGAUGGACCAUGGCGAAGGCACUCCCACGCCCAUGUUGUCCAUCCGCGAUCUCUCUCGCAAAGCGGUUCAGGAGCACAUUGACGCAACAAACGCUCAUCUGCCCUCUGAUAGGCACAUUGCCAUUUCUCUCAUCAAUAGCGCUCGCAAUUUCGUCGUCACUGGUCCGCCCAUCUCUCUCUAUGGUUUGAAUGUGCGUCUUCGCAAAGCGAAGGCUCCCACAGGCCUCGACCAAACGAGGAUUCCCUUCACGGACCGCAAAGUCCGUUUCGUCAACCGCUUCCUGCCCAUUACCGCACCUUUCCACAGCCCCUACCUUGCUGAAGCUACCAAGCAGCUCGACGAAGAUCUCAAAGACAUCAAGAUCGCCGCCAGUGACCUUGGUAUCCCCAUGUUCAAUACCCACACCGGCAAGGAUCUGCGCGAGGCUGGCUCCGACAACGUCGUCCCACAACUUGUGCGCAUGAUCACCAACGACUCGGUUGACUGGGAAUUGGCCACCGUCUUUCCCCGCGCAACACAUAUUCUCGACUUCGGGCCUGGUGGUAUUUCGGGUCUGGGCGUCUUGACGAACCGCAACAAGGACGGAACCGGUGUCCGAGUUAUUCUGGCCGGUGCCAUUGAAGGUCAGAAUUCCGAGAUUGGAUACAAGCCCGAGAUUUUCGAUCGCGACUUCGAGCAUGCCGUCACCUAUGCUCCCGAUUGGGUCAAGGAACAUGCUCCACGCCUCGUGAAAACGUCGACUGGGCAAACGUACGUGGAUACCAAGCUGAGCAGAACCCUCGGCCUGCCCCCCGUCAUGGUUGCUGGUAUGACACCCUGCACUGUCCACUGGGACUUUGUCGCUGCUACAAUGAAUGCCGGAUACGACAUUGAGCUUGCAGGUGGUGGUUACUACAACGAGAAGAGCAUGAGCGCUGCUAUCAACAAGGUCGAACAAGCUAUCCAGGCUGGUCGUGGCAUUAGCGUCAAUUUGAUCUAUGUCACUCCUCGUCACAUGGCCUGGCAAAUCCCCAUGCUGGCUAAACUGAGGGCCGAAGGUGUCCCGAUUGAGGGUUUGACCAUCGGCGCCGGAGUACCAUCUAUUGAGGUCGCAAAUGAAUACAUUGAGACUUUGGGUCUCAAGCGCAUCGCCUUCAAGCCCGGCUCAGUUGAAGCUAUCCAACAGACCAUCAACAUUGCCAAGGCAAACCCAGGUUUCCCUGUCAUCAUGCAGUGGACUGGCGGUCGCGGCGGUGGACAUCACUCUUUUGAAGACUUCCAUCAACCCAUUCUCCAGAUGUACAGCCGUCUCCGCAAGGUUGAAAACCUUAUCCUCGUUGCCGGUUCUGGUUUCGGUGGCGCCGAGGACACCUACCCGUACCUCACUGGUACCUGGUCCACGAAAUUUGGCUACCCACCUAUGCCCUUCGAUGGUUGCUUGUUUGGUUCCCGUGUAAUGACCGCAAAGGAAGCGAAAACAUCCACAGCCGCCAAGGAAGCCAUUGUCCGCGCUCCUGGCUUGGAAGACAACGACUGGGAACAGACGUACAAGGGCCCGGCUGGCGGAGUCAUCACCGUUCGUUCUGAGAUGGGCGAGCCUAUUCACAAGCUUGCCACUCGCGGUGUCAAGUUCUGGGCUGAGAUGGAUAAGAAAAUCUUCGCUUUGGACAAGGCCAAGCGCGUGCCAGAACUCAAGAAGAUGCGCGACUACAUCAUCAAGCGCCUCAACAACGACUUCCAAAAGGUGUGGUUCGGCAAGAACAAGCACGGUGAAUCUGUUGAUCUCGAGGACAUGACGUACGCCGAGGUGGUUCAACGUAUGGUGGACCUGAUGUACGUCAAGCAUCAAUCCCGCUGGAUUGACCCCAGCCACCAGCGUCUGACUGGCGACUUCAUCCGCCGCCUCGAGGAGCGUUUCGCCAGCGGCGACGUGGAUUCCCUCAUCCAGACCUACGAAGAGCUUGCAGAUCCUUACCCAACCGUGAAGAAGGUCCUCGAGACUUACCCAGCGGCUUCGGAGCAGCUCAUCAAUGCCCAAGACGUCCAGCACUUCCUCCUGCUCUGCCAGCGUCGUGGCCAGAAGCCAGUGCCUUUCGUCCCAGUCCUCGAUGAAACCUUUGAGCUCUUCUUCAAGAAGGACUCCUUGUGGCAAUCCGAAGAUCUUGACGCUGUCGUUGACCAGGACGUUGAGCGCACCUGUAUCUUGCAAGGUCCUAUGGCUGUCAAGUACGCCACCAAAACCAACGAACCUGUCAAGGAUAUCCUGGAUGGCGUUCACAACGGCCACAUUGAGUACUUGCUGAGAGAUGUUUACGGUGGUGAUGCCUCCAAGAUUCCUUCAAUCGAAUACUUUGGAAGCAAACUCAUCGAGAACAGCGAAGAUGUGGAAGUAGAUGGCCUUACCGUGUCUCAGCUGGAGAACAAGACUCUCUACCGUCUUUCGUCUGCACCCAACUCCACGUUGCCAGAUCUCCAAACUUGGCUUCAUCUCCUGGCUGGUAGCAGCUAUUCGUGGAGGCACGCCUUCUUCACCACGGAUGUCUUCGUUCAAGGCCAGCGAUUCCAGACCAACCCGAUCGCACGCGUCUUUGCUCCUACCCCAGGCAUGAUGGUCGAGAUUGCCAACCCCAAUGAGCCUGCCAAGACCGUCAUCACCGUCAAGGAGCCGCACCACGGCGGCAAACACAUCAAGACGGUCGAUAUCAGCCUCACCAAUGCCAACGAAAUCGUCCUCAACCUGUAUGAGGAGCGUACUGCUCUAAAGAAAGCUGUUGCGUUGCCUUUGAAGUUCACCUAUCGUCCAGAGUUUGGCUACGCUCCCAUCCACGAGGUCAUGGACGCCCGCAACGACAGGAUCAAGGAUUUCUACUACAAGAUCUGGUUCGGCAAUGAAGAGUGCCCCUUCGACGCUCCCGUAUCAUCCAAAUUCGACGGAGGUCGGGCUACGGUCACGAGCGAGGCCAUCAACGAUUUCGUUCACGCCGUCGGCAACACUGGCGAAGCUUUCGUCGAACGACCCAACAAGGAGGUGUUUGCCCCCAUGGACUUUGCCAUCGUUGUUGGAUGGAAGGCCAUCACAAAGCCCAUCUUCCCCAGAGCCAUUGAUGGCGAUCUUUUGAAGCUCGUCCAUCUGUCCAAUGGUUUCCGUAUGCUUCCCGGUGCGGAGCCCCUUAAGAAGGGUGAUGUCCUCGACACCACAGCCCAGAUCAACGCCGUCAUCAACCAGGACUCUGGUAAGAUGGUUGAGGUGUGCGGUACCAUCACUCGCGAUGGAGAAGCCGUCAUGGAAGUCACCAGCCAGUUCUUGUACCGUGGCGCCUACACUGAUUUCGAGAACACGUUCCAGAGGACGGUGGAAACCCCCAGGGAGCUGCACUUGGCUACCAGCAAAGAUGUCGCUAUUCUCCGCUCCAAGGAGUGGUUCAACUUGGACGAGCCUGAUGUUGAGCUCCUGAAUAAGACUCUCACUUUCAAAUUGGAGAGCUUUGUUCGUUACAAGACCAAGACGGCUUUCUCCGAAGUUCAAACUGUUGGUGAGGUACUUUUGGAACUUCCCAGCAAGGAAAUCGUUCAGGUCGCAUCCGUCGACUACUCUGCCGGAACAUCUUAUGGCAACCCGGUGCUUGACUAUCUUGAGCGCAAUGGUUCCGCCAUUGACCAGCCUGUCAACUUUGAGAACCCCAUCCCGUUGAAUGGCAAGACUCCUCUCACUCUGAGAGCGCCCGCCUCUAACGAGACCUACGCUCGUGUAUCUGGUGACUACAACCCAAUCCACGUCUCGCGUGUCUUCUCCAAGUACGCCAAUCUUCCUGGGACCAUCACCCAUGGCAUGUACUCUAGUGCUGCCGUGCGUAGCUUGGUAGAAACAUGGGCCGCUGAGAACCACAUUGGACGUGUCCGAAGCUACCAUGUCAGCCUCGUUGGCAUGGUCUUGCCCGACGAUAUGCUGGAGGUCAAGCUUCAGCACGUGGGCAUGGUUUCUGGUCGUAAGAUCAUCAAGAUUGAAGUCAACAACAAGGAAACUGAAGACAAGGUCCUUCUCGGAGAGGCCGAGGUCGAACAGCCCACAACAUCCUAUGUCUUCACUGGUCAAGGCUCUCAGGAGCAAGGCAUGGGUAUGGACCUCUAUGCCAGCAGCGAAGUCGCCAAGGCAGUGUGGGACCGCGCCGACAAGCACUUCAUGGAUAACUACGGAUUUGCCAUCACCAACAUUGUCAAGAACAACCCGAAGGAGCUCACCAUUCACUUUGGCGGCCCCCGUGGCAAAGCUAUCCGCCAAAACUACAUGUCCAUGACUUUUGAGACUGUCAGCGCGGAUGGAAGCGUGAAGUCCGAGAAGAUCUUCAAGGAGAUUGACGAAAACACCACUUCGUACACGUACCGAUCCCCCACUGGUCUCCUCUCUGCUACUCAAUUCACGCAGCCUGCUCUCACACUGAUGGAGAAGGCCUCGUUUGAAGAUAUGCGCGCCAAGGGAUUGGUUCAGCGUGACAGCACGUUCGCUGGUCACUCUCUCGGAGAGUACUCUGCCCUUGCUGCCCUUGCUGAGGUCAUGCCUAUUGAGAGUUUGGUAUCCGUCGUGUUCUACCGCGGAUUGACCAUGCAAGUCGCUGUGGAGCGUGACGAGACGGGUCGCUCCAACUACUCCAUGUGCGCUGUCAACCCCAGCAGAAUCUCGAAGACGUUCAACGAGCAAGCACUGCAGUAUGUGGUUGAGAACAUCUCGGAGCAGACGGGAUGGCUGUUGGAGAUUGUCAACUACAACAUUGCCAACAUGCAGUAUGUGUGCGCAGGUGAUCUCCGUGCGCUCGACUGCCUCACCAACGUCCUCAACUACCUGAAGCAGCAAAAGAUUGACAUUCAAGAUCUUAUGCAAACGCUGUCUCUGGAGGAACUCAAGCAGCACCUUGUGGAGAUGAUCAACCAGGCUGCGGAGACAACGAAGAGCAAGCCGCAGCCAAUCGACUUGGAGCGUGGUUUCGCCACCAUCCCCCUCAAGGGCAUCGAUGUGCCAUUCCACAGCACCUUCCUGCGAUCUGGCGUGAAGCCAUUCCGAAACUUCUUGUUGAAGAAGAUUCACAAGACUUCGAUCGAUCCGUCCAAGUUGGUCGGCAAGUACAUUCCCAACGUAACGGCCAAGCCGUUCGAGCUCACCAAAGAGUACUUUGAGGAUGUGUACCGCUUGACAAACUCGCCCAAGAUUGGCAACAUUCUCGCAAACUGGGACAAGUACGAGGAGAAGGAGGAGGCCAGCGCUGCUGCGGCUGCAUAA